ACAGUGAUGACAACAAAAGUUCAAGUGGCUCUGCCCCCAUCAGCGACCAGACUUCCCCUCCCAACAGGUCUCUUCAAUGGCUCCGCUCAACGAAAUUCUCUGGGGGGCAAGAGACGGGAGCGCUGCAUGAGGAUCGGCGGACUCCAGACAAAGCUCUUUCACCCCCCUGAUCGCCAAGAUGCCUGAGAGAACAAGACUGAAAAGAGGCAUGAUGUGGAGAUCAUGGGACACAGUGACUGCAAUUCCGUACAGUGUAUUGUCAGGUCUCGAAAUCCCGGCGGAGCUGCCAGCAGCCUUGCUGGCUGACAUCCUCAGAGCUGGCACACUGAACGGGGAGGCAGACCUGGAAACCAGAGCUUAUGCCAUGGAUCUGGACUGCUUCUACAGGGAUGACUUCCAGGAGGAGGACAUGGAGGACUGGGCUCGUGAUGAGCGCACAGACCAGGACCCCCUGGGCUCCCCGGGAAACCAUGACAGUGGCAGCAUAGGAGAAUACAUGAUCAAUGAUCUGGGGGUGAAAACCAAAGUGGACCCACCCGUGACAGGUCCGAACACCGCAAUCUCCACGGAUCCAGGUGCCUCCUGAACGACAAUUUGUCUGCCCCUAAAAUUAUAGGUCCCCAGUAUGGAGGGGUUUAGGAAUAAAGCAAAUCAACAGGCCACCAAACC